CUUUAAGGUCUCACCCCUUUUUGCUGCCUGCAAUAUCUGACAGGCGUUUAGACCGCGUGCCGCCUCUCCACUAUCGAGAGAGGAGGUUUUAUCUUUAGGACUCUUCACUGUAUCCACCUGAGCCACUUAUCUUUCAGUGGGAAGCCAACGAAUGAGGUUAUACACACAUCAGCAUCACCGCAGGUGUAUCCGCAGCAGCACUUUGGAAUCUACACAUUUCACCGCAUCGGCACCAUACUUGUGCGCACGUGUGAUAGGGGGUGUUGGUGGCCUAUGAAUGGGGCUGAGCGUGCCCCCCACCACCACACCUGCCUCUGCACCCGUGGGGACUAUGCAUUGCACAACCCUGAAUGCACUAGCCGGUGGUUUGCGAGAACAGGGAAGGGGGCGGAACGUCGGCAGGGGGUCAAGGGGGGUGCAGCAUGCCCCCUCCCUUCCGCAUCGCUGUGCUGGGGGCGCAGGGCGUGGGCAAGACUGCCAUCGUGCAGCGCUUCCUCCACGAUGACUACAGCGAGGCGCCUGUCCAGGGAACCAGCCGUGCCCGCCAGGUCCACCUGUCGGCUGCCGUGCUCAAUGGCCACGUGCACAACUUGCAGAUCACCGACUAUCCUGCAAUCACCAGCUUCCCCUGCAGCUCACUGCAGGAGUGGACAGACACCUGCUGCAGAGGAAUCCGCAGCGCUCACGUCUACAUCCUGGUCUAUGACAUCUGCUGCUUCGACAGCUUCGAAUACGUCAAGACUAUGCGCCAGCAGAUCCUAGAGACCAGGGUGGUGGGCACAGGUGACACGCCCAUCCUGAUUGUGGGAAACAAGCGGGACCUGCAGUGGGGGCGUGUCAUCCCCCGCCAUAACGUGUCCGACCUGGUUAGGAAGAACUGGAAGUGCGGCUACGUGGAGUGUUCAGCUAAGUACAACUGGCACGUGCUGCUGCUGUUCGGGGAGGCUAUGCGCAGUGUGGUCUGUGCCCGCUGCAAACACGUCCAUGCCACCAUUCGCUUUCAACGGGCACUGAGGAACGAACGCUGCGCCCUCAUGUGAUUUACUCAGUGACGGUGGAUGGGCACCGGAGUGGCAUUGAGGGCCAUUGGUACAGUAAACCUCCUUAGGAACAGCUGAGAACUAUUGAUGAUCACUGUGACUGACUACCAUGACUGACCACGUUUCUGCCCCAUGUGAAACUACAAUAUUAAACACCCCUAUGUUUUGCUGCUGAUAUAUGACAUACUUGAUCAGAUGGAGAGUACUACCCUAUCCAUUUUUGUAAAGUGUCUUUGAUCUUUUCUUGACUUGGAGGCAGUUAAACCAACCAAAACCCGUAGCUGUACAAUUAUGAACUCAUCCAAGUGCACUAAAGAAACUUUCCAGCAUCUGUUGUUUGACUAGCCUGGGCGUUGAUCAAUGUAUGACAUUGCUAAUGUCAAAGCCCCCUUUGGAUUGGGACUGAGGCUGGCAUCUGCUGAUGCAGGGGCAGGCAGAUGGAUCCUUCCGUUCCUGGGGCUCAGUGCGUUCUCUUUCUCUGCUCUGAUAUGUCUUGAAGGUGCACACUUGAGUGUAAAAUCCUUAAAGGUAGCAUAACGAAUUCCAUACCCAACCACUCAAACAAAACAAGCACAAAUAAAAAACCCAACUGUCAUUCAAUUUAA